AUGGAGCUGGACGACUUUGAUUCCGAAGACAAAGAGAUACUGAGCUGGGAUAUUAACGAUAUGAAACUGCCACAGAAUGUGAAAAAGACUGACUGGUUCCAAGAGUGGCCAGACUCCUACGUGAAACACAUCUACAGCUCAGAGGACAGGAACGCACAGCGGCACCUGAGCAGCUGGGCCAUGCGCAACACUAACAACCACAACUCCCGCAUCCUGAAGAAGUCAUGCCUGGGUGUGGUGGUGUGUAGCCGUGACUGCUCUACUGAGGAGGGGCACAAGAUCUACUUGAGACCUGCCAUCUGUGACAAAGCCCGGCAGAAGCAGCAGAGGAAAUGCUGCCCCAAUUGCAAUGGGCCACUGAAGCUCAUCCCCUGCCGGGGUCACGGCGGCUUCCCAGUCACCAACUUCUGGAGGCACGAUGGACGCUUCAUAUUUUUCCAGUCGAAAGGAGAGCAUGAUCAUCCGAAGCCAGAAACCAAGCUAGAAGCAGAAGCGAGAAGAGCGAUGAAGAAAGUGCAUAUGGCAGCCUCUGGUGCCUUACGGCCGAAGGGGAGCCCAGAAACAAAGGCUCUUCCAGGUGAACUACAGAACCAGGGAAGUUUACCUUUAACUUGGUCAUUCCAAGAAGGCGUUCAACUGCCCAGUAGUUACAGCGUACCCUUAAUAGCUAACGUCCCCCAGCAGAACUCGCUGGAUGAUUGCUUAUCUUUCCCCAAGAGUUAUGAUUUGGGGGGACCCACAGAGCUAGAAGACCUGCCUCCCACCUUGGACUCCACUAGGCUCUAUGAGAAAUGCAAAUUGCCCAGCAGUAAGAUCUACAGCAGUGAAGAUCAGCUUCAGCCUUCUGUCCCUGGAGUCUACCCAGAUUACAAUGAUCUGCAAGCCUGGAGUAAAAAUGCCGCCUUAGGGAGAACCCUUAACGACGACACCUGUUGCCCCAGCUACCCUCUUCCUCUGACCAGCUGGCCCUGUGACUUCUUUCCUUCCCAGAACUCUUUGGAGCCCCUUCCCCAGCAGAUUCCACUGGAACCACCUACAGCCAAAACUGGCUGUCCCUCAUUGUGGCCAAAUCCAGGAGGUGACCCUUACGCAGAGAAAGCUGUGGAUUUCAGCAGCUGUGCGCCUUCCCUCUCAUACCGUUCUCCUCAGCAGGACCCUUUUCUGCUCACCUGCAGCUCCCACCCUCACCAGCAGUACUCGAUGCCAGGCAAGAGCAGCAAAUGGGACUUUGAGGAAGAAAUGGCAUGCAUGGGUUUGGAUCACUUUGGCAACGAAAUGCUUUUAAACCUCUGUCCUUUGAGAUGA